UUAUUUUACAAUAUUUCAUGGCCCUAGCGAAACAAUUUAAUGUUAGCAGACGUCAAUUUCUUAUGUGUUGUUGUCUAUAUCUAGACAUUCUAGCUCCAAAUCAUGUUGUACAGUGGUCAAAAGUCACUCAUCAAUAACAGAUAUCUCUUGUCGCUAUUUUUGUUAAAAGUAGACAACUCAAUGUUAGUUUUAUGCGAAACUAACAUUCAUCCUCGAGAGGUAAAAAGUUCAGAGUUCAUCCCAGAAAUUGAGGGUUUACCUGAAGCUUCCUAUAAUGUUGAAGAAAACACAUUUGCGUUGUUCUGCAAGUGGGCAAAUAUGAAGAAAUAUUAUGGUCUUUGUUACAAGUACUUUUACAACAGAUUGACAAGAAAAAAAGCUGAGAUGCAAUGCCAAGUUAUGAAUGGUCAUCUGGCACAUAUAGCUGACCCUUUCGACAUGCCUUAUUUCAAAUAUCAAUGGAACUUUAGUUUUUUUUAUUGGGUUGGAGUAAAGCUGGAGUCUCAUAAUGGAUGUGUUGCGUAUUCCAGUAAUGGUUCAUUUCUUCCGAAGAAUUGUCUUUUACCCUUACCUUACAUCUGUAUGUUUAGAGAUGAAGCCUUUUCUAGAAUGUUGCUCAAACAGUCCAAGAACAUCUAUUUGAUGAAAAGAUCCAGUUAUCAUUCUAUUUUGGUUAUAGUUUUUGUGCUGACUCUGCUGAGUCUUCCCUGUCUCAUUAUUCCCACCUCCAACAAGCAUAACAGAAAAAGUGACCAAAGCAACGUCUCAGAGAGUCACAUUCAAUGUAGAAGGGAUACAAGCAGUGUACAUGAUUUCAAUGCAGAGAAUUUAGACUGGAAGAAAAGUGUGUCUGAUGAUGAAGUCAUUCAAAUGUAUAAUGAAAUGGUUGCAGCUAAAUUGAAGAAUGCAUCACACAAAAAUAGUGUUUCAUCAAAAUAUUCCACUCAAAGCUAUAGCACCGUACACUCCAAUCUCAGCAAAUAGUAAAUAAUAGAAAAUUUAAACACGUUAAGGCUUUGCUGAUCAGUUAUUUUUAAAACUGGACGUGGCAAAUAGUGUUAUGUCAUAUGAACUGUUGUAGGCUAUGUAAUAUAUAUUUUUUUUUUUCAUCUGUGUUAUGACAAUAGUCUCUAAAAAAAAACAAAAACUUUUGUUGUUUUUUUAAAUGUCAGAACAAAAAAAAUCUGAAAAAAUAAACGCUUAAGAAGGUUUUCUUAUGUGUCAUUUAAUAUGAAUUAGUGGAUUAGAUUUCUUAACAUGUCUAAAAUGUACUUUGAUGGUUAAUAUUAUUAUUAUAAUAUAUAUAUAUUAUUAUUAUUAUUAAAAACAAGUAAACUUUGUAUA